ACCGCCGGGCGUUCCUGAAGCUCCGCAGGCAGCAGCAAAUCGAGCGGGAGCUCAACGGAUACCUGGAGUGGAUCUUCAAAGCAGAGGAGGUGAUGCUGGCCGAGGAGGACAAGAACGCGGAGGAGAAGUCCCCUCUGGACGGGAGGGCCGCCUCGGAAGGGCCGAUUCCUCAAGGCACGGCGCCGGCAGAGACUGGCAGCGGCAGCAGCUACAACAUGUUGAAAAGAGCCGCAAUAAAGAAGAGCAAAAACGACCUGAUUCAUGCAGAAGAAGGUGAGGACCAUUUCACAGACAUUUGCUCCGUUGGGUCUCCCUUUGCCCGUGCCAGUUUGAAGAGCGGCAAGAACGAGAGCUCGUCCUACUUCAGGAGGAAAGAGAAGAUGUUCCGCUUCUUCAUCCGGCGCAUGGUGAAGGCUCAGAGCUUCUACUGGGUCGUGCUCUGCGUGGUGGCCCUCAACACCCUCUGUGUGGCCAUGGUGCACUAUGACCAGCCUGAGAAGCUGACCACUGCUCUCUAUUUCGCAGAGUUUGUUUUCCUGGGGCUGUUCCUCACUGAGAUGUCCUUGAAGAUGUAUGGGCUGGGGCCAAGGAAUUAUUUCCACUCUUCCUUCAACUGCUUUGACUUUGGGGUGAUCGUGGGCAGCAUUUUUGAGGUCAUUUGGGCCGCAGUGAAGCCGGGAACCUCCUUUGGCAUCAGCGUCCUGCGAGCCCUGAGGCUGCUGAGGAUCUUCAAAGUGACAAAGUACUGGAAUUCCCUGAGGAAUCUGGUGGUCUCCUUGCUGAAUUCCAUGAAGUCCAUCAUCAGUUUGCUUUUCCUGCUGUUCCUCUUCAUCGUGGUCUUUGCUCUGCUGGGGAUGCAGCUCUUCGGAGGACAGUUCAAUUUCCAAGAUGAAACUCCAACCACGAAUUUUGACACCUUCCCUGCUGCCAUCCUCACAGUCUUCCAGAUCCUGACGGGGGAGGACUGGAAUGCUGUGAUGUACCACGGGAUAGAGUCGCAGGGCGGCGUCCACUCGGGAAUGUUCUCCUCCAUCUACUUCAUCGUCCUCACCCUGUUCGGUAACUACACCCUCCUGAACGUCUUCCUGGCCAUCGCCGUGGACAACCUGGCCAACGCCCAGGAGCUGACCAAGGAUGAGGAGGAGAUGGAGGAAGCCACCAACCAGAAGCUGGCCCUGCAGAAGGCCAAGGAGGUGGCCGAAGUCAGCCCCAUGUCCGCAGCCAACAUCUCCAUAGCUGCUUUUGUAAAGCAAACUCGAGGUACUGUAUCUCGCAGCUCGUCAGUCUCCAGCGUAAAUUCACCCAAGCAGCAGAAUUCCUCCAAAUCCAAGUCGGUUUGGGAGCAGAGGACGAGCCAGAUCAGGAUGCACAACUUCCGAGCCAGCUGCGAGGCCCUGUACAACGAGCUGGACCCCGAGGAGCGGGUGCGUUACGCCACCACCCUGCACAUCCGACCGGACAUGAAAACGCACCUGGACCGGCCGCUGGUGGUGGAGCCCCGCAGCGAAGGCAGGAACAACAUCACCAAGCUGAGCCCCGUGGAUGUCCAGGAGGUGGUGGAGCACCCCAAAACCACCUCUGCUGAUGGGGCAGAAGCGCCACGGAAGCACCACCGGCAUCGGGAGAAGGAGAAGCUGGGAGAGCAGGAGAAGGGAGACGUGACCAAGGAUGAGAGCGGUGAAACCGGGCCGGCCAACAAGGAGGAGAGGCACAGGCAGCACCGCAGCCGCAGCAAGGAGGUGGAAGGGGGCAGCAAGGAAGGGAAAAGCGACCGUAGCAGGGGGCAGGAAGGGGGGAAGAGGCACCACCGGCGGGGCUCGGUGGAGGAAGGGGCUGAGAAGGAGCAUCGCAGGCACCGCAGCCACCGGCACUCCUCAGACCGGCCGGGCAAGGAGGGCAAUGGCACCGCCAACAGCGGCCGGGGCGAGCGGCGCUCCCGGCACCGCGGAGGGUCCCGCUCGGGGAACAGGGAUGGAGAACCCUCGGCCAAGGGGGAGAACGGAGAGGAGCCCCACCGGAGGCACCGGCUCAGGAACAGGGCGCUGUCCACCUACGAGUCCGUGGAGAAGGAGAGCGGGGAGAAGGAAGGGGAGGCUGGCGAGAAGGAGCACCGGAAUCACCAGCCCAAGGAGAACCAGUGUGAGCUGGAGGCCAGUGGCAGUGGCAGUGGCCCUGGCAGUGUCCCUGUGCACACCCUGCCCAGCACUUACCUGCAGAAGGUGCCUGAGCAGCCCGAGGAUGCCGACAACCAGAAGAACGUGACGAGGAUGAUUCAGCCCCCCCUGGACAAAACCACCACUGUGAACAUCCCUGUCACCAUCACUGCCCCUCCAGGGGAAACCACUGUCAUUCCAAUGAACAACGUGGAGUUUGAAAGCAAAUCAGAGGAGAAGAAAGACGUGGAUGACCUGACGAAAAAUGGGCCUAAACCAAUCCUGCCUUACAGCUCCAUGUUCAUCCUCAGUCCCACAAACCCGAUCCGGCGCCUGUUCCACUACAUCGUCAACCUGCGCUACUUUGAGAUGGUGAUCCUGAUCGUCAUCGCCCUCAGCAGCAUCGCCCUGGCUGCAGAGGAUCCUGUCCAGGCUGAGUCUCCCAGGAAUGAUGCUCUGAAAUACCUGGAUUAUAUAUUUACAGGAGUCUUCACCUUUGAGAUGGUGAUCAAGAUGAUUGACUUGGGGCUGCUGCUCCACCCCGGCUCCUACUUCCGUGACCUGUGGAAUAUCCUGGACUUCAUUGUGGUCAGUGGGGCCUUGGUGGCUUUUGCCUUCUCAGGAACCAAGGGCAAGGACAUCAACACCAUCAAGUCCCUGCGAGUGCUACGUGUGCUCAGGCCCCUGAAGACCAUAAAACGGCUGCCAAAACUAAAGGCCGUCUUUGACUGUGUGGUGAACUCCCUGAAGAACGUCCUCAACAUCCUCAUCGUUUACAUGCUCUUCAUGUUCAUCUUCGCCGUCAUCGCCGUGCAGCUCUUCAAGGGCCGCUUCUUCUACUGCACGGACGAGUCCAAGGAGCUGGAGAAGGACUGCAGGGGUCAGUACCUCGAUUAUGAAAAAAAUGAGGUGGAGGCACAGCCCAGGGAAUGGAAAAAAUACGAAUUCCACUAUGACAACGUACUCUGGGCUCUGCUCACGCUCUUCACCGUGUCCACAGGGGAAGGGUGGCCAACUGUGCUGAAGCACUCGGUGGAUGCCACCUACGAGGAACAGGGGCCCAGCCCUGGCUACCGGAUGGAAAUGUCCAUCUUUUACGUGGUGUAUUUUGUUGUCUUCCCUUUUUUCUUUGUCAACAUCUUUGUGGCGUUAAUCAUCAUCACCUUCCAGGAGCAAGGAGAUAAAGUGAUGUCAGAGUGCAGCCUCGAGAAAAACGAGAGGGCCUGCAUAGACUUUGCCAUAAGUGCCAAGCCCCUGACCCGCUACAUGCCUCAGAACAAGCAAUCCUUCCAGUACAAGAUGUGGAAAUUCGUGGUGUCCCCUCCCUUUGAGUAUUUUAUCAUGGUCAUGAUUGCUCUCAACACCAUCGUCCUCAUGAUGAAGUUCUAUGAUGCUCCAGAAGCUUAUGAAGAAAUGCUAAAAUGCCUGAAUAUUGUGUUUACAUCCAUGUUUUCCAUGGAAUGUGUGCUGAAGAUCAUUGCCUUUGGUGUGCUGAAUUAUUUCCGAGAUGCCUGGAAUGUCUUUGAUUUUGUAACAGUGUUGGGAAGUAUUACUGAUAUUUUAGUAACAGAGAUUGCGGACAACUUCAUCAACCUCAGCUUCCUGCGGCUCUUCCGGGCAGCCAGGCUCAUCAAACUGCUCCGCCAGGGCUACACCAUCCGCAUCCUGCUCUGGACCUUCGUGCAGUCCUUCAAGGCCUUGCCUUAUGUGUGUCUCCUCAUUGCAAUGCUCUUCUUCAUCUAUGCCAUUAUUGGCAUGCAGGUAUUUGGGAACAUUGCCUUAGAUGAUGAAACCUCCAUUAAUCGACACAACAACUUCCGAACCUUCCUCCAAGCCCUGAUGCUCCUGUUCAGGAGCGCUACAGGGGAAGCCUGGCAUGAGAUCAUGUUGUCCUGCUUGAGCAACAGAGCCUGUGACCCCCUCUCUGGCCUCACCAAAAAGGAAUGUGGCAGUGAUUUUGCCUAUUUCUACUUUGUGUCGUUCAUUUUCCUCUGCUCCUUCCUGAUGCUGAACCUGUUUGUGGCUGUCAUCAUGGACAAUUUUGAGUACCUGACCCGGGAUUCCUCCAUCCUGGGGCCGCAUCACCUGGACGAGUUUGUCCGGGUGUGGGCUGAGUACGACCCCGCAGCCUGCGGGCGCAUCAGUUACACAGACAUGUAUGAGAUGCUGAGACACAUGUCCCCACCUCUAGGCCUUGGGAAGAAAUGCCCAGCUCGUGUUGCCUAUAAGCGCCUGGUGAGGAUGAACAUGCCCAUCUCUCCCGAGGAUUUAACCGUGCACUUCACCUCCACGCUGAUGGCCCUGAUCCGCACGGCCCUGGAGAUCAAACUGGCCUCAGGAGGUGUGAAGCAGCACCAGUGCGAUGCUGAGCUGAGGAAGGAGAUCUCGCUGGUCUGGCCCAACCUGUCCCAGAAGACUCUGGAUUUGCUGGUGCCUCCUCACAAACCUGAUGAAAUGACUGUGGGGAAGGUCUACGCAGCCCUGAUGAUAUUUGACUUCUACAAGCAGAAUAAGAACAGCAGAGAGCAAGUCCAGCCCCCCGGGGGCCUGUGCCAGCCCGGACCUGUGUCCCUCUUCCACCCCUUGAAGGCCACCCUGGAGCAAACUCAGCCCGCGGCCUUCAACAACGCCAAGGCCUUCCUGCGCCAGAAGAGCUCGGCCUCCCUCAACAACGGGGGAGCCCUGCCACCCCCGGAGGGAGGGAUCAAGGAGUCCAGUUCCUGGGGGACCCAGCGCACCCAGGACGUGUUCUAUGAAACCAGGAGCCCAGCUUUUGAGCGAGGCCACUCCGAGGAGAUCCCCAUUGAGAGGGUGGUAGAAAUGAAGGAGAUCAGCCCCACAGUUGCCAACGGAGAGCCCCAGCCAGGCCUGGAGAGCCAGGGCCGGGCGGCCUCCAUGCCACGCCUGGCUGCCGAAACCCAGCCCAUCCCGGACACGAGCCCCAUGAAGCGCUCGGUCUCCACGCUGACCCCGCAGCGCCCUCACGCCAUGCACCUCUACGAGUAUUCCUUGGAGCGGAUGCCUCCGGAGCAGGGCCACCACCACCACCACCACCGCUGCCACCGGCGGAAAGAGAAGAAGCAGAAGUCCUUGGACAGGGCUGCCCAUCACUUGGCUGAUGGCCAAGCUGUAGCCCAUUCUGGAGAGUCUUCCAAGGACAAGAAGCAGGAGCGUGGCCGCUCCCAGGAGAGGAAGCAGCACUCCUCCUCCUCCUCCGAAAAGCAGCGCUUCUUCUCCUGUGACCGCUACGGCAGCCGGGACCGUGCCCAGCCCAAAUCUGCUGACCAGAGCAGGCCCACCUCCCCCAACGGGGGCCCAGAGCACGGCCCGCACAGACAGGGCAGUGGUUCAGUUAAUGGGAGCCCCUUGCUGUCGACAUCUGGUGCUAGUACCCCCUGCCGGGGUCGGAGGCAGCUCCCACAGACUCCACUGACCCCACGCCCCAGCAUCACUUACAAGACCGCUAACUCCUCGCCCGUGCACUUCACCACUUUCCAAACCCCCACGUUCUCCCCGGGCCGCCUGAGCCGCGGGCUGUCCGAGCACAACGCGCUGCUGCGGGGGGAACAGCAGCCGCCCCCGCCCGCCGUGGCCCGCAUCGGUUCCGACCCCUACCUGGGCCACCGCGACGCCAGCGACAGCCCGCAGCGCGCCGUGCCCGAGGACACGCUCACCUUCGAGGAGGCCGUGGCCACCAACUCGGGCCGCUCCUCGAGGACUUCCUACGUCUCCUCCCUGACCUCGCAGUCGCACCAAAUCCGCCGGGUGCCCAAUGGGUACCACUACACUCUGGGGCUCAACUCGGGCCCCGGCGCCCGAGGACGCAAUUACUACCACGAAGCCGACGAGGAUGACUGGUGCUAGCGGCUCGGCGGAACGCUGCGAGGUGUGCGUGCUUAAUAAGGAUGAGUUUUAUCAUCUGGAGGGCUGGGAGCUCCCACGGGGGCCCGGGGCCGGAGAAAGCCGGCGGGGCAGCCCCAAGAACUGCUCAGCGCCCGGGGCUGGAGAUGCCCCUGCAGCCUCUCUCUCUCCUCUGUUGUUCUUUAGGUUUUUUUCCUUUUUGAUUUGGUUUUUUUUGCACUAGACAGAUGGAGGAAGAAGGCUCCCUCUUUCUGGGGAAGGCAGAGGGAGGAGAACAUCCCUCUCUGCCCCCUCCCCACUGCCUUGUCUAGUCCCAAGACACGCACCAGGCGCCAACCCGGCCACGGACGCGAGGCGCCGGGAGAAGAGCGAUCCUCGCCUUCCACGGUGGAAAAGCAGAACUGUGGGUCCUUCUUGAGAUUGGCGCAGUUUUGUUGGGCUAUUUCUUAAUUAAUUCACCAUCAUAAUUCCCCCCUGCCAGGGCAGGAGCCGGGGGUCGCGAAGGGACUCGCGCGAACAAUGCUCGCCCCCCUGCCUUUUGCCUCGUUGAGCGCUGAGAAGGAAGAGAUGCACCCCAGAAACUGGGAGAGGAGAAACACAGCCCAGAACAAAGGACAGUCCUUUGGGACUUGAUGUUCAGCCACUGCAAUCCUUUAGGGCAGAGCUGGUGCCACCCCUGAGCUGACCCUGCUGUGGCACCGCUGCCCUGGGGGUCUCUUAAUGUCACUCGCCACAUCGGGUCCUUCACACUGACACAUGGUAAAGCCACAAGAGAGCUCCUUUGUAAGGACUGUUUCCUUGCUGCUGAGACUUUUCAAUCCAUCCCUCUCUCCUGUUGACUGCAACACGCCCUCACUGUUUUGUCUUGUUUACAAUAUAAGCUUGAUUUAGCAAAAAACAAUGUAAAAAAAAAAAAAAAGUCCACAAAAAAAAAAAACAAACAACAAACAGCCCAAACAAAAAGAGGAAAAAAAAAAAAAAGCGUAGGGGUGAGAAGAAGAAAUGUUAUUGGUUUUAUAUCAAGCUAUUAGAUAGAACUUUAACUUUUCAUUGUGUGCAUUUUUGUAAAUUGUACAGUAAAAAAAAACCAAAAAAAAAAAAAAAAAAAGAAAAAAUUUCCUCUUUCUGUAGAGAAUUAGUCCAAUUGUCAUUCCAGGUCCCACCGUUUCUACCGAAUGCUCCAGUUGUUCACUACUAAGUGCCUAACCUUUGAAAUCUUUCACAGUGACGAUGCAACCUCUUGCUCGGAGGCAUCAGAGCUCGGGCGAGCAUGGGGCGGGCAGAGGGGGCAGGGGCCGAGCUGCCGGAGCCUCGGAGGGGCCCUGGGGUCACCACGGCCCCCAACACUGCUCCCCAGGCUGGCAGCUUCCAGUGGGGAAGGCAAAACGUGCUUUGGGCUUGGUUUGGGUUUUGUUGGCCUUUUACUUUUUUUUUAUUUUUAAUUUAUUUUUGUUUUAUUUUAUUUUUUUAGAAUCUAUAAAUAUAUAUAAAUAUACUUUUAUGGGUGGGAGGGGAGCGAUUGCAGCAAACAAAGCCGGCCUUGUCUCAUUGCCCAGUGGAGGAAAUGAAGGUGGGAAAGGGCAGCAUCUCCCACAGGCCAGCUGAGAGAGCUCAGGCCGUGCAUCACUGGCGUGGAGGGCAGUUGGAGUGGGUUGUUUUUAUUGCCUGAUAAAAGAAGGUUAAAAAGAAAAAAAAGAUGAUAAUAAUAAUAAUAAUCCAAACCUCUAACUCUGAUUCUCAGGGAUGAGAUUUCUGCGUUUCUUGCAAUGACUCUUGUGUUGGCUGGUUUCUUUCUUUUGUGCCCGUGUGGAUUCCUGCACUGUGAGCCUGGGAAAGGGGCAAACGCGCUGUGCUGGCGGGGAGGGAGGCUGGGGACAAAGCUCGGCCACGACCUUGUGCCCAAGGCCCUGCUGAGCCCUUGUGGGGCUGGUUUGGGUCACAGGGCAGCCAGAAGAUGUGGAGAGGUUAAAAGGUGAAAGGAGGAAGGGUGGGAGGUGCUGGGCACAUCCCUAAAAACGCCGCUAGGAAAGAGGAUAGGGUUUGAGAAGUGAAUUUUUUCAGAGGUUCUACCAAGCCCCAGACCUGUGGAACUUCUCCAGGCGCAGCGGUGGCGUGGGAUGGGUGGAAAUCCCGCUGGCCCUGGUGAUCUGUUCUGUCCCUGGGGUGCUUGGAGGGGAUCAGAUGCCACCAAAACGCUCAGGAGCUCUCUCGUGCUCUCAGCAAAGUCUGUCAGCCUCAGGCAGGAGCAGUCUGCUCUAGGGUGGUUCUUCACAUCUCCUGUAGCUCUUCCCUUGAGGAAACUCAACCCGGUUUUGUUCCCUCCGGUGUUUUGUUUUAAUUUCGUUCUGUUCAGUAGCAAUCUCUGGCCGAUCUCAUCCCUGGAUUCUGCUAAAGGCUAACUCCUGUCUGUAUCUCUGUCUCUGUACUCGUGUGCGCUCGGAAUAAAGGCAGUGUGGUAGCCAGAG